AUGCUCGUGGCAAGGACAGUCGCACUGCUGCUUACCCUGUUCCUCGCCCUUGCCCCGCACCGUGCUGCAGCCCACUUCACUCCCACUGAAUGCUGCUUCAACUACGCGCAGAAGGCCCUCCGACACACGCAGAGCUUCUACGAGACCCCCAGUGACUGCUCCUUACGCGCCGUUGUACUUGUGACCUCCACCGGCAACAAGAUCUGCGCCGACCCCGAGAGGGCCUGGGUGAAGAAAGCCCUGAAAAACCUCCGGAGGAAAAAAUGA